ACCCACAAUUCAACUAGCUUUAGGAAUUGUUCUCUACCUGCCUGCACUUGCACCAGUACAACAAAUCGCUAAUGUUUGUACUGCCGCCCAGCCGCUCCCCACAAUCAGUCGCACCGAAGGAAAAUACGAACGGGCUGCUGCAAGGACUGUACAACAUGAGAAAGUGACAAGCAGUAACUUCCCUCGGAUGAUAAGUCUCAGAAUUUAAACUUACUUUUCAUACUUGCGUGGAAAUGCUAUGACCGCCGAGUUUAGUUUCAGGUGUGGGAGACUCUGCGCUUCUCGUGUUCGGAGGAAGGUGAACACCUUACCUAUUUUUGGACCGUAGGAGGAAGCAAUUUGCAAAACCACAAUGGGGAGUAAGGAGAAAUAUCACUGGCAAACCCAGAAUGUGAAGGUCAGCGGUGUGGACGACAUGGUCCUGCUAUCGAAGGUCAACGAGGACGCCAUCACGGACAACCUCAAGAAGAGAUACAAUGAUGACUACAUCUUCACCUACAUUGGUCCUGUGCUGAUCUCUGUAAAUCCCUUCAAACAGCUGCCAUACUUCACUGAUCGAGAGGUGGAGUUGUACCAGGGGGCGGCUCAAUAUGAGAACCCUCCUCACAUCUACGCCCUGGCAGACAACAUGUACCGUAACAUGAUGAUCGAUUCGGAGAAUCAGUGUGUCAUCAUCAGCGGGGAGAGUGGAGCUGGGAAGACAGUGGCAGCUAAGUACAUAAUGAGCUACAUCUCCAAAGUGUCGGGCGGAGGGCCCAAAGUUCAGCAAGUGAAGGACAUCAUCCUGCAGUCCAACCCCCUGCUGGAGGCCUUUGGGAACGCCAAGACUGUGCGCAACAACAACUCCAGUCGCUUUGGGAAGUACUUUGAGAUCCAGUUUAGCCGAGGAGGUGAGCCCGAUGGAGGAAAGAUAUCCAACUUCCUUCUGGAAAAAUCUAGAGUGGUGUCCCAGAACCAUGAAGAGAGGAACUUUCACAUCUAUUACCAGCUCCUAGAGGGUGCUACGAAAGAGCAAAGAGAGAACCUUGGCGUUACUACACCUGACUACUACUUCUACCUCAACCAGUCAGGGACCUACACUGUGGAUGAUAUCAAUGACAAGAAGGAGUUUGCCGAUACCAUGGAUGCCAUGUCAGUAGUGGGGCUCUCUGCAGACGAACAGGCCACCGUUCUGCAGAUAGUUGCAGGUAUUCUUCACCUGGGCAAUCUCGCCUUCAGAGAGGAGGGCAACUACGCUGUGGUGGAGAGCGAGGACUUCCUGGCAUUCCCGUCCUACCUCCUAGGCAUUUCCCAGAAUGGCCUGAAGGAGAAGCUAACCAGCCGCAUAAUGGACAGCAAAUGGGGGGGCAAAUCGGAAACCAUCGCGGUCACCCUCAACACGGAGCAGGCCACUUUCACCAGGGACGCCCUCUCCAAAGCCCUGUACUCCCGCCUCUUUGACUACCUUGUAGACGCCAUUAACAAAGCCAUAGAGAAAGACCAUGAGGAGUUUAAUAUUGGGGUGCUGGACAUCUACGGCUUUGAGAUAUUCCAGAAAAAUGGCUUUGAGCAGUUCUGCAUCAACUUUGUGAAUGAGAAGCUGCAGCAGAUUUUCAUUGAGCUGACUCUGAAGGCAGAGCAGGAGGAGUAUGUUCAGGAAGGGAUCAAAUGGACACCUAUUGACUAUUUCAACAACAAAGUGGUGUGUGACCUCAUUGAGUCUAAACUGAAUCCACCUGGGAUCAUGAGCAUCCUGGAUGAUGUGUGCGCCACCAUGCAUGCCAAAGGCGAGGGUGCGGACCAGACUCUGAUCCAGAAGCUGCAGAUGCAGAUCGGCACUCAUGAGCAUUUCAACAGCUGGAACAAGGGCUUUGUGGUGCACCACUAUGCUGGAAAGGUGUCCUAUGAUGUGAGUGGCUUCUGUGAGAGGAACAGGGACGUUCUCUUCAAUGACAUCAUUGAGUUGAUGCAGAGCAGUGAAUUUUCCUUCAUCAAAGACCUGUUCCCAGAAAAUCUGGAGGCUGAGAAAAGGGGUCGUCCCACCACUGCAAGCAGCAAGAUCAAGAAACAGGCCAAUAACCUGGUCCAGACACUCAUGAAGUGCACCCCUCACUACAUCCGCUGCAUCAAGCCCAACGAGACCAAGAAGCCCCGCGACUGGGAGGAGAGCAGAGUCAAGCACCAGGUGGAGUACCUGGGCCUGCGCGAGAACAUCCGGGUGCGCCGCGCCGGCUACGCCUUCCGCCGCGCCUUCAGCAAGUUCCUCCACAGGUACGCCAUCCUAACGAAGGAGACGUGGCCACAGUGGCGUGGGGAUGAGCGGAAGGGGGUUCUGCACCUGCUCCGCUCCGUCAACAUGGACGAGGACCAGUACCAGCUGGGCAAGAGCAAGGUCUUCAUCAAGGCCCCGGAAUCACUGUUUCUUCUGGAGGAGAUGAGGGAGAGGAAGUUCAAUGGCUAUGCGCGUGUCAUUCAGCAAGCCUGGCGCAAGCACAUUGCUGUCCGCAAGUAUGUUCGCAUGAGGGAGGAAGCCUCAGACAUCCUGCUGAACAAGAAAGAGAGGCGAAGAAACAGCCUCAACCGAAACUUUGUGGGCGACUACAUCGGCACCGACAGCCACCCCGAGAUCCGGCAGUUUGUGGGUCGGAGAGAAAGGAUCGACUUUGCCGACGUGGUGGUCAAAUACGACCGAAGGUUCAAGUCGGUGAAGCGUGACCUGAUCCUGACCUCUAAAUUCCUGUACAUGAUUGGGCGUGAGAAGGUUAAACAGGGCCCGGACAAGGGACAGAUCCAAGAGGUUCUGAAACGGCAGAUCCCAGUGGAGAAGGUCCAGUCUGUCUCUAUGAGUACUCUGCAGGAUGAUUUCUUCAUUGUGCAUGAGGAGCAAUAUGACAGUGUGCUGCAGUGCGUUUUCAAGACCGAGUUCCUCAGCCUGCUGUACAAACGCUAUGAAGAGAAAACCCAGAGGAAACUGCCGCUGAAGUUCAAUAACCUACUGGAGUUCAAGGUGAAGAAGGGGGGCUGGGGUCCAUUUGGGUCAGCCGGCUCCAGGCAGAUCCAGUUCCAGGGUGGCCAGGGAGAUGAGGCCCUUCUCAAGCCCAGUGGCAAGGUUCUGAUAGUCAGUGUCGGACCAGGACUCCCAAAGAACUCCAGACCUACCCGCCGGGACAACCGAAAGAGCAAGUACUUUGGGAAUCAGGCCCCCAACUCUGGACGUUCUCGGGGCCCCCCCAGGAGCGGUGGCGACCGAGGAGGGGGUGACCGUCACCAGGGGAACCAGCGCAUGUCUAGAGCGUCCCUGAUUCGUCAGCAGAGCAGCAUGGAGCAGCCCACCCUGCCCCGACACCACGGGCCCCGGCCUACCCAGAAUCAGAACCAGGGCAAGGUGGACAUGGGUUUCAUGAACGUGCCUGACCAGGGUGUUGCAGGGAUGCAUCGCAGGCGCUCCAAGGAAUACAAGCCUCCCCCGGGAGCGGGGCGGCCAAAGCCCGCCCCUAAACCCAAACCCCGCUCCCCGCAGUGCCGCGCCCUCUACGCCUACGACGCUCAGGACACCGACGAGCUCAGCUUCAACGCCGAGGACGUUAUUGAAAUCCUAACUGAAGAUGCGUCAGGCUGGUGGUUUGGACGUCUCAGAGGUAGAGAAGGCAUGUUUCCUGGGAACUAUGUGGAAAAGAUCUAGACCUGAGAAAUGGCGGCCAGUGUUUUAAAUAUGGAAGGAGAUGCCAGGUGACUGCAGUCUAAAAUCAGGCUACUGUCCCACAGCGAAGUCUUCAACAACGAGUUCUGCAUCAGACAGACUUUCACCCGCGCUUCCGCCUCCAAAAUAGAUUUGACGCGUUAGUGAUGUUGCCACAGCAAUGAUCAAAGUUGAAACUACAAGUGCUCCCAGGUUUGUCUAAAGCAGUUAAGCUGAUUGCUUAUUUUAUAUGGGAACUUAAGGGGAGAACAUACACAUCCAAACACUGACAUUUUAAGAAGUAGAAAACAAAUCAAUUAUUUUAACAGCAUUAUUUUUCUCCAAAAAAUGUUUUACUGUUUUAAGUGUUUUAAAAUAUACAUUAGAUUUUUUGAACAUUUUAUAUAAUCUUCACUGUAUCAAAUGAACACAAACAGGCCAUACUGUAUUGUUUACUUUCAGAUAUUAGGUCUGUCUAAAGAAGACCCAAUGCCUUAAAGUAUGAAACAAGAAAGAUUUGUCUUUUAGCACAACAAUUAGAAUUCAUUGCUAGUUAAAAUGUCCCAUACAACUUAGAUCCUGAAUUUUUCAGAAGAAGCAUUUUACUGAACACCAUUUCCAUUUUCUCCCUGGUUCGUCUGUUUUAGUGUUGCCACCACUCUCACGUGUUACAUUACAUUUAAAUCCAUCUCUCACACACCUACUGAGACAGGUGACUUAGGUUUCCUUAGUAUGCUCUUCUACAGUGUUAAAUGUUGGAAUAGAAACUGAAAAUAGAAACGGAAAAUAGAAUCAUUUCUACUAGCCCCCCCCCCCACGACCCCAUGUCAUAAAUCAUUUUCUCACUUCUGUCUCACCUUGCACUCGUCCUAUACUGAGGACUUUACACCACUUCCUCUGACUAGUGAGAAAAGGCUAAGAUGAUUUGGCUGUGAAUGCAUGGGUAUAUCACUGUGCUAUCAGAUUGUGUGAAAAGAUGACAAUUUAGGAACCCGUCCCUAGUUCUUGACCAGUUGCGUAUGACAUCUAAGACUAACAUAAAUGUUAAGAGCUGCAUUACUAGAUUUAUACUCAUAAACGCCUUUUAGGAACUAAUAAUAACAGACUUGUAAAAACAACACAUGGCCCGUAUAAUGCAGAAUACAUUUACCUUCUCCAUUAAAAAUAAUCUACAGUAUUUAUACAGAGCUGCUGCUCUUAUCUGUCAAUUGACUGUCCAGUAAAAAUUUGAGUAAAAACUGCAGUUUGCAAGUAAUGCUGUCUAAACUCAUGUUCUUCUGAAAUAAUUCUUUUUAUAAAUGGAUUAAUUUGCAUUUGGUGGAUUCUUCAGCCAUGAGAUAAAUAUUGUGAUCAAAGUAAACAUGAAAUAAAGAAUUUUUCAAAAA